AUGUCCGACACCAAGAAGCAAAGGAUGGUAGGUGCUGCCUCAGCAGUUCUCUCGCGGCGGCAGAAGCAGGAGCAGCAGCGGCAUAGUGCCGGCGCCCAGCGGGAGGCGCCUUUUUUUUUUUUUAAGCAUCUGCCAAGCUGCGCUCGCGCGCUUCUUUUUCUCUCUUCUCGCUGAUGGGCGUCUGGCUGCAGCCCCCUUCUCCGCUGGGGCAGAGGCAACCGCGCCAGGGCGCAGCUGGAAGAUGCCAUUCUGGUCCGCGCAGCAGCCCCCGGGUCUACCACCAGCGGGGCAGGGGAUGUCCUCUCCCUUUACUAGUCCUCUUCCGCCAGAAAGGUGAUUUUUGUCAGAGAGACCCUCCAAAUAAGCAGCUUGUUAGAGGAGGAGGUAGGUUGCGUUAGCAUCCUGUGGCUAAGAGUUAAACUGGCACUUUGGGGCUGGGUUGGGUUGGGGUGUCUUCCCAAACGCCAUGGUUCUGGCCAUGAGAGCUGAGCAAACUUUUGAGUCCGCUAGGCUGGUGUGUGAGUGUGAGAGGGCAUUGAAGUCAUGAUGCCCGUGUCUUGGCAAAUAUACUGUUUUUGUUGUAGAGUCGUGGCUGCGUUCAGGCACACGGUACCCUUAAAGCACCUUCGAAGCACAUUCAUGGAUGCUUUCGUUGAGAUUCCUGCAUUGCAGGGGGUUGGACUGGAUGACCCUUGGGGUCCCUUCCAACUCUACAAUUCUACGAUGCUAUUAUUCUUUCACUCAAAGAUUUCUGGGCAGUGUAGUCUACCCGUCAUGGAGUUACAGUGCCCAGGACUCCUUAAUAAACUCUGUGUGUGUGUGUGUGUGUGUGUGUGUGUGUGUUUUCUUCAAAUGUGUUUUAAAGGCAUAGUCAUCGUCUUCAGAAUUGGCACUGUUAGUGGGGCUUCGUUUCCUAGUAUAGGAGUUUGGGCUGCAAGUCUCAGGGCCAAGUAACCACAGGUGUCCUGGUCUAGGUUUACAGGGGGAGAGUCAAAGACCUUGUGACUAUUACUUCUUUAGUGGGGCCCCUGCCUCCAACAACUAAGAGCUGCCUGGUCAGCAAGAAAUGAGAGCUUUGUAGCUACUGAGAAGAAAUCUUCUCACCUUCUGUGCUGAUUGGAGACAGAGUGAAAAGAGGUGAGUCAGCUGCUGAGGAUCGGGUCCUAGGGUCACUCUGGUGAAAGCGUUCAGGAAGGGACACAGAGGAAUUGCUGUUCUGUAUGCUCCAAAGCUAAGCAUUUGGGAACACUGAAAACGUGAGCCGCUUUGGUUUCAGGAGAAUGGUGUGCAAGUCCUGUUACGUACAAUGGAACUUCAAGGAAAACAUAAGCUCUCCUCUCUUGGCACCAUGCAGAUUGGACAUGAACCGCAAGCAGCCACCUCUGUCUACUAACCCACCCUCUUUGUCAUCCCAGUCCACAUUACAGUGCCGCCUACAGGGAGAGCGCAGGUGGUCAAGUGGCAGGUGGCGGCUCCUUCCCUGACCUUCAGCUGUGCUUCACCACCUGUAGAGAGCAAGUAAGAGAGUGAGCAGAUUGGGCUUUGUCUUCUUAGAAGCAGUGGCCAUUUCCUCUAUUUGCUCGCUCACUCAUUCAUCCGGGGGCUUCUUUGGGGCCCAGUCAUUCCAUUGCACAGCCUAGGGAGCAAGGAUGUGCAAGCAGUGAGAGGCACUGGGGUAGCCAUCCUUUGCCUGAUCCUUCCUGUCAAGAGAAGAACAGUCUGAGCAAUUAUAUGGAAAUGCAGCAGCUGCUCCUGCCUCUUCUCAAUCACCCUGUCUCAUUGAGUGGUAUGUUAUGGACUGUUUAUGCCAAGGAUGGGGAGCCUCACACCCAUGGCCCCCAAGUGACCCCAAGGUCCCCCUAUCUGGCCCCUGGAACUCUCUUCAGGCCACACACCCCAUAGUGGUCCGGCUUCACACCCUAAGUGCUUUUGCUUGGUUGGAAUGCAUCCUGGAAUUUUGAUGAUGCUUCUUGCUUGCCUACUGUGGCACCUGUGAUUAUUCAGUGACAGGGCGAAAGCACUCUGCGUAUGGACAGAGGAAAAAAGUCUCUUUCUGUGCAUCAAAAGCUUUGAAAAUAGAUUCUGGAUUUGAAGCCUAAAUCAGUUCAAUGCUUGCUUGAAAGUUUCUAGAUUAACAUUUUAAAAUAACAAGUUUUUAACAAGGGGUGCUUAAUUAAUAUUGAUUUAUUAGCAUUUCCUACACUCGUGGGAAUUUAUGUACAAAUUCUAUAUUGUCUGAAAUAUAUGUUCCAUUUAAAAGUGGUUUCCUUCAACAUUCUCCCUGGCAUUAACAGGAACAUACAUGUGUGAUGAAUUAUAGAUUCAAAUACUUUCUUGGCAUGACUUGUGAAAGCUGCCUAAGUUGGAAGUGUCUGUUUUGUGGUGCCAUAGUAUUGGGGGGGGGGCGCUGAUGUAUUGUGUCAAGAUGCUUAGGGCAUGACUGCAUAGGGCUUUAGCUAUGGUGGGGGAUGUAUUUGAGACAUUUACCUGACAGGGUGAUAUAGCUGGUUUACCUUUCCUUUCAGUACCCAGCAUCAUUUCUUUGCACAGAACCCAAAGUUUAACCUAUGUGGUCCCCUGUCCAUCAGCAUAGUAGACACGAGUGAUAACAAUAUGUUAAGUCACGCUGUGUAGAUAUACAACUGUUUUUUAAAAAAGAAGUGUGGUUAUUUAAUUAAGAGCAUUUAUAACUCUGGAUUCAUUUCACUGGAUACUAGGAUGCGGCAAAAGACACAGAUUCCAUAAAAUUACAUUACACUAUUUGAAACUGUGGCAAAGAAAAUCCAAGUGAGACACUUGAUCCAAAUGUCAAGGGUUUGUAAAGGGGACUUCUUGAUUUGAAAAAGCCAGAACUAAGACUAACCCCAGGACGUUUUAAGAUGUACUUUAAAUUUGGUUGCAUUUUAAAUGGAGUAUAAUUUAUCCACAUUUUAAAGGUAAAGGUAAAGGGACCCCUGACCAUUAGGUCCAGUCGUGGCCAACUCUGGGGUUGCGGCGCUCAUCUUGCUUUAUUGGGCGAGGGAGCCAGCGUACAGCUUCCGGGUCAUGUGGCCAGCAUGACUAAGCCACUUCUGGCAAACCAGAGCAGCGCACGGAAACAGCGUUUACCUUCCCGCCGGAGUGGUACCUAUUUAUCUACUUGCACUUUGACGUACUUUCAAAUUGCUAGGUUGGCAGGAGCAGGGACCGAGCAAUGGGAGCUCACCCCGUCACGGGGAUUCGAACUGCAGACCUUCUGAUCAGCAAGUCCUAGGCUCUGUGGUUUAACCCACAGCGCCACCCGCAUCCCCAUCCACAUUUUAGGUCUGUGCUAAUUAGCAUUUUACUGUAUUUGCGAUGACCUGUGCUUACAAGCAAUAAAUAUCAGUUGUGUUGGAUUUAAUGAUAAAGAUCAGCUAAAACCAGGCUACAGUUACUGCAGUUGAUUGCUAUAGCAAAACACUGAAAAGCAGUGGGUGGGGGUACUCCGGGGGUGGGGGUGGGGAACCUAACAAAACCCACUAGGGAGAUAGAGUUAUUUUGUACAGCAAAUUUUGCAAAGUUUCCACAGUGACCACCUUAACUACUUUGUCUGCCAUUUCUUCCAAGGUGCCAGUAGAGUUAGAUUGCAGGACACAACUUCUGUAUCUGGAAAUGUCCCCAUUGAGCACAGAAUGCUGGAAAGUCCCUUCCUUGUAGUAAUUAUGGUCCAGAACGCAGUGUUUCUAGAGCAGAGAGAAAGAGGGGCCCAAAGUACGGGAAGCCAGAGGUUGUUUCAGGAGAAGGAAUGAUAUUAGCAAGACACACCUAGGUGGCUCAGGCAAGAAAACCACCAGCAGUGUAAACUGCAAAGAGAAAAGCCAGUGUUCUGAAAUGCUUAGCAGUUACAGCGUCAUCCUCUGUGCCCGUUAGGAGACUAGCCAGAUACUGAGCAUAUAAUCUUGUGGCUGGGCUGGGGUUAUAUGGUUCUUUCAAGAAUGUUAAUAAAUCAGAAACUGGUGUCAGGGCUCGGGUACAGAGAGACAUCUCUGUGGCAAGGCUGGAGCCCAGAUUAUAGUCUUAUAUCCUGUAGCUAGGUGAUCCCGCUGUAUUUUUUACAUUAUUUCAUCAGAGUUACUUGGCUGGUAGCAUGUAUUCUGCUUCAACUGCAAUGCAUUCUUGAGGAAGUAUGGUAGCUAAGAGAUAUAAAAUGACAGGAGAGUGGAAACACUGUAAGAUCCUCCCUCCCUCCACUAUUAUCAUGCUUUUCUUCAUAUUGUGAUUGCUGCAGCCUAGGAAGCUCUCUAAUCUCAUUUGCUUCCUUUUUAACGUUCAGCUUCAUUGUUUGACAAAUUGGCACUCUUGACUUGUGUUUCCUAGGCUGUUUGAAGGUUCUCUCAAAAAUCUUAUUGUACACAGGACUGAAGUGACAAUACAGAAGAUGUAACUCUUUAUUGCUCUAAUUUCUUUUGGGUGAGCAGUGAUGGGAAAAUAUUUGAAAUUGUUUAGGGGCAGGGGGGGAAAGCAACAACAAAGGACAGCACCAAACAGUAAUGUGGCCCUGAAUGUUGUCCCUGAAUGUGUUCAGAAAUGUAAUUGAAUGAAUAAAUACUCUCUUUUUAUACCUGCAUGAAGUUUGCUUCUUUUCUUUGUCUUUUUGAAUCAUGUUUGUAGGACCCAGACUUAUAGAAAGCCUGAAUAAAGAUGUCAUAUAUGCCCAGGAAACAACAUAAUAUUUUGAUGUGCCUGGGAUUUUUGCAGUCCCCAAAUCAGGGUGUGCACACUUUCAGACUUCACAUAGCUGUUUACAAGAGAAGAGAACUACGAAGCGUGAAAGCUUGUAGCCCUGUUGCCAACAUAGGUUGGGUGGGUCUUAUAAACCAUGGUUACUUUUGUCUCUAGCUGAUUGUCAUCUUUCAGUAUAUGAAAACAAAAUAAAGAAGAGAGAAGCCCAUUUCUCCCUAGUUGGAUGUUACACUUACAUAACUAUUUGUUAUUUUUUUUAGAACCUCAUGUCCUUGGCUUAGAUCUGAACUGUGCUUGUUAAGAAACAACUCCAAAUGUCAGGAAUGGAUGUGUAGAUAAAGAGUUUCACUCACCAACAUUAAUCACAGCCAAUUAGGCACAUUGCAACUCACAACAGUUUAAAUGCUUAACAUUGCCACAGGGGACACCUCAGGGUUUGUGCAGCUGUCAUGUUUUCUGGAUAUGUUGGUGUAUUGUAUCUAACAAGGGGGGGGAAACCCCAUAAAUAAACUGAUGACAACAGACAAAGCAGAAUUAGUGACCCCUUGCUUUUAAAAAUGUUUAGAGCUGGGUGAGUGGAAUGCACACUUUUAAACAGUAUUGUAGUUUGUUUGUUUUUGUCUGAAAAUAAAAUACCCAGUGUAUUUACAUAUAAUCUACAUUGAACUGCUUGACAAUUCUUGGUAAUAGGAACUUUGCCAGGAUAUUAAAAGUUGAAACUAAGGGCUCAUUGCAGCCAAAGUCCUUUCAGUACCACCAAGUCCCAUUUGUUUAAGCAUGGGAAAUCAAUGAGACUAAAAAGUGCCUAGCUUUGGGUUGGGGCUUACCUCAGCCUACUUUAUGUACCCUGAUUCCAGUCAUAUUUACAGUGGUACCUCAGGUUAAGAACUUAAUUCGUUCUGGAGGUCCUUUCUUAACCUGAAACAGUUCUUAACCUGAGGUACCACUUUAGCUAAUGGGGCCUCCUGCUGCCACCGCUGCGUGAUUUCUGUUCUCAUCCUGAAGCAAAGUUCUUAACCUGAGGUACUAUUUCUGGGUUAGCGGAGUCUGUAACCUGAAGCGUCUGUAACACGAGGUACCACUGUAUUGGAAAGUUAAGUCCUAUUGCUUCCAGUGGAGGCUGCUCCUCCUCCUGAGUCAGUGUGCGGCAUGAUCUAGGGUUGCUCUACCAAAUAAGUGUACAGUGGUACCUUGGGUUAAGAACUUAAUUCGUUCUGGAGGUCCUUUCUUAACCUGAAACUGUACUUAACCUGAAGCACCACUUUAGCAAAUGGGGCCUCCCACUGCCUCCGUGCUGCCACUGCGCGAUUUCUGUUCUCAUAUUGAAGCAAAGUUCUUAACCUGAGGUACUAUUUCUGGGUUAGCGGAGUCUGUAACCUGAAGCGUCUGUAACCUGAAGCGUCUGUAACCCAAGGUACCACUGUACUCUGGGGUUACCUGGCUUUGAACCAGCCAGCCACUGUAGCUUUGCCUGUAACAGCAGAAUGAUGUUCAAACACUGACAAUCAGAUGGUGAUGUCUCUCUGCAUGCUGUCAAAAGGUUUGUGUGCUGCUUUCUGCGUAUCCAGCUUUCUGAAAGGCACACAAGAAUGCCACUCCCCCUUUUUCUUGGAUAGUUAGAAGCCCUCAUGUGCAUAGGAUUGCAACCUAGGACAUAGGGCACCUGUUAGUUGCCUGCACCUCACUUCUGGGAGUAUAGGCAGGAAAUAACCGACUUCCGGGGUGGCGCCACCGGCAAUGGCGGACUCCCUCUGAACUGGAGGGACUAGCUCCGCGGAAAACGGGUCUUCUCCGCUACGGCGAAGCGGGGACCCACUUAAAAAUCACAGGUGGAUGAAGCCUGUGACCAUGGGACUCGGCGGGCACCUUUAGCGCCCCCCCAACCCGCUAAGGAACCCACUAAUGGGCUCCGAAGUGAAGAGGGGGAAGUGGCGCAGUGCUGUGAGUCAACUGCUAUUUCCGUGGAGCGAAGCCGCAUAGCUGUUGCCGGAGAGCGCUGCCUUUUUCCUGGGACAAUUUGGACUUUAAAAUAAGCACCCGUGAGUACUUAGACUUUGAACAACUGGACAUCAAAUAAGGACUUGCGAGUAGGAAAGAAUCGGACUCUAAAAAUUUACUUGAAUUUGGUACAGAACGGGAAGGUCUAAACAGGAAGUCAUCCUUCCGUUCUUUUGUAAACAGAAUAAAGCAAAGGCAAUUUAAACUAGAGCUCAGGAAAUCGCUUUUAAAAGAUUGGAUUUCACCAUUUAAAAUUGUGGAAUCCCCCUUCGACAGUAGGAGAAGGGGGGGAUCUUUUUGGACUGUUUAAAGUGACUUUAAAGUGAAGUAACUUUCCUCCGUCCUGAUCCUGGAGCGGGCUGUCAGGACUGACGCGUGAAGUUCAUUAACCAAAGACAAGUGUUUUUGACAGAUGGCUAAAAGAAGAGAAACCUAGUGAUUCCACUGUUCCCUUUAGCAUUUUAAAGGAUUAUAUAUGGACAAAGUAUCUUAAAAAAGGAAACUUUGUUGCAAGAAUAAAUAGAAGUCUUCCCCCUAGGGGGAGUCUGUGAAAUUGUAACUGUGAAACUGUAACUAACUCCAGGGAGUCGGCAGCUGUUACAGAUUACAACCAUGGGAACAAGUAUCUGACCUUGUAGGACAAUGUAUUCAGAAGCCUUGUUGUAUGCUCUCUAUAAAACAAACGAUCUACUGGAACAAUUACACGAGAAGGUGAAUUGGAUGGCGACUUCGACUAGAAAUUUUGAACAGGCAGUGGGAAACUUUGAACAGACAGUGGGAAAAUAUGUGGAGCCCACUCAGGAUUUAAAUCAGGAGUGUGUCUUGACAGAACAGGAGUUUUUGACAUUAAUUCAGGAGUGUGUUUUGACAGAACAGGCCCAACAGGAAUAUGAUUUUUUGGAUUUGACAAAUGAACUGGGAUAAAGCCAUAUCUGGAAAGGAAAAGUUUGGCUUGGUUUGGAAAUAGGGGGCUGGAUUGACCCCCCUAUGCUGGGAUGUUUGGACUUUUCAAAUACGGCAACGGGCCGUGAGAUGUUUGGGACUGUGGGGGCUCUCAAUUUUGGAGGGCCUUUGAUACAUGCUUUUAAAUACUACAUGGAAUUCAUUGUUGAACAUGGAAAAGGGGCUGAUCUGUUGAGAAGGGUUAAAAACAUUGUCAAGCUGGAGUUACCACGAGCAGGAGACAAGGGAAAAUACAGUUACAAGUAUGAAGAAGAGCCGCGGAAGGGUCAUGGAAGAGACUUGAGGGCCUCGGACAUAAGGUUGCCAGGUUAAUGGGCUAGAUUGACGGGAAUAAGGACUGACAAAACCCGGAACCAGGAGGAAGGGACGCUGGAUGAAGAUUGGAUCUGUUUAUACCUCUUUUUUCUACCAUUAGAACUGUUUUAUAAAAUUGAUGAAUGAUAGAAAAAUGUUGGAAUGAAAUUACUUGGCUUUAGCAAAGAUGUUUAAAGACUAUUAUGAUUAUGAGAAGUUGGUAAGGAUAAGAUUUAAGUUUUAAGUUUUAAGGUUUAUUUUAUUAUAGAAAGAUAAGGUCAAGGAUUUGCUGGGAUAAUUAAUAACAAGGAUACAAAGAAAGGGAGGAGGAGGAGGUCUAAGAAAGAAGGUAAUGACAGUUAAGGAUUUGAAAAUAAUGAAUUUGUUUUUAAAUGUUUUUAAAGUUUUGUGAUUUUUGCAUUCUUCUUUUUUUCUUUUUUUCUGUCAUUUUUUCUCAUUUGGAAUCUUUUCGUAUAUGGUGGGAAGGGGUUGGUUUUUUUCCGUUUUUUUCUAUUUUGUCAAUUAUUUUUAUCCUUUGUACUCUCUUCUGCUUCUAUUUUAUUUUUUCUCUUUUUUGUAACAUUUUGAAAAUCUCAAUAAAUAUCUUUGUUUUUUUAAAAAAAGGAAAUAACCUAUACUCAGACUGCCUGUGAGUUACCAUUACCUCACAGUGAGCUGGGUUUAGACUUGUUAUUUCCCAGGUUUCCUCUCACUCUCAGCCUCUUUCAAAAUGACCCCCCAUGCCACCUGACCUGACUAAACCUUAAGAUACUGAGCAAUAUAACUGGGUAUCCAUCUUUACUUGGUCAUGCUUCCUAAAUACACAGGUGCAGAAUGUAAACAUGGGUAAUGUGCAAGUUCACAGGCAAAUCCUGAGUAAAAAUCGGAUAAGUGUUUUUAACACUUCUCCUGGAUUAAAAGCUCUAUUUGUACAAACACUAUACAUAGCAAGUGUAAAGGUAAAUGGUAAAGGCCCCCUAGAUGAUUAAGGCGAGUUAAAGGUGACUAUGGGGUGUGACGCUCAACUCGCUUCAGGCCAAGGGAGCCGGCGUUUGUCCACGGACAGCUUUCUGCAUAGCAAGUGUAGUCAGACAAUUGCUUCCUUACAUUCUGGGUGCAUUUACCCGGGGGGGGGGGAUACUGUUGUUCUGUUACCAGCAUUACUAAUAUGCAUUGGAAUAACCACUCUGUAGUUCAGAGAAUGUAGAUUAGUUAGCUGUCAUCAUUGUUUAUGUACUAAUCCGCAGCGGUACCUAUUUAUCUACUUGCACUGGCAUGUUUUCGAACUGCUCGGUUGGCAGAAGCUGGGACAGAGCAAGCGUCCCUGUAACUGGACCAUCUAUUGUCUGCAGACUGGCAGCGGCUCUCCAGGGUUUCAGGUAGGGGGCAAUUCCCAGCCCUACGUAGAGAUGCUGGAAGCUGAACAUGCGACAUUCUGCAGAUGCUCUACCACUGAGCUGUGGCUCUUCUCCUUGCAUGCAGACAAGACAUAUUAAUAUGAUUGGUAAUAUGCAAAUCAUUUAAAUUAAUUUGUUAAAAUCCAGGAAAUUGGUCACCUAAACACUGUUAACUAGUUCACAAUCUUAUUUUUCAAAAUUGUAACAGUUUCAUUGUGGAUUAAUGUUCUACGUAGGAGUCACCAGGAUGGAUGAGACUAUUACUCUGCCCUCUAGAAAUUCCUUAGAUGAAUGUUAUAUAACAGCUCUGUAAUACAUAUAAGUGAAAUAAUCUUGCAGGACAUAAGUGGAUAAGCUGUCAACCUUAUGGACUUGCUGCCAUAAUAAAUGUUAACUUGAUAACCUUGUUGGCAGCCUGGAAGUUAAAGGACAAUACACUUGGCGAGUGAAUGAUUUUCUCACAUCGGGAGCAGAGUCUGAAGGCCACUCAUGGCGGACAUGUACUGGCAAGGCAGACUGAAUCAAGCUCAUAAAUCUGUCAGUGUACACUUCAGGACUGUGAGCUAAUAAACCUUGGGUUUAAAACUUGUUUAAAAUUUUCAAUACAGAGGUCAAUGAAGGAAUCGACCUAGAAGUAAGAAUUGCAUUCUGCUUUGCUAUUCCUUUUUAAAAAUGGGGGGGGACCCCAAAACCUGAAAUUUAACUUACGUUUACUCUGCUUCUAGCUAUUCAGCUUGCUCCAUAGUAGGCUGAUUGAUUCCAAUGGAUCUUAUUUUAAAGCAAACAUGUUGUAGAUUGAGACCCAGGACUGCUGUCCUCAAAUGACAUGCUCUAGAUAACUCAAUUAUUUUAAGAGUUGUGCUAUCCCUGUUUUAAAUCAAAACCUUGAGAACCAUAAGGUAUGGUUUGCUGCUCAUCUGGGAUUACUCCGAGAGAGAAAUGUGAACUUGUGGUUUGGUGCUCUUUUUGAGCUGGGGAAAUACUACAGAAUGCAGAAAUGGUGAGCAGCUAGGCAGGGGAAGAAACGACUUGUGGGAACUGGGUGGGUUUUCAACAGUAUUUGAAAGGCUGCUUCAGACAGCAAUGCAUUUAAUUUUUUUACUGAUAAUUGACACAUAAUCACAUAAACCGACUUUAGCAAAUUUUAGAAGAGUGGAUGCAUGCUCAGACAACAAUGAAAUCAACAGAGUGUGCAUAAGAUGACGGUUUACAGUAAUAUUUAUGUCCUUUUUGGCAGCAAAACCAUGUUGCAUUGCUUUUGUUGUUCUUCCACAUUAAUUGUGCUGUUUCCUAGUCACUACUCAUUAGGGGAGUUCUUUGGCUGGAAAUAAAUCAUUAGAGAGAGAUCCUCAUGGGACUUGUCAUAGUCCAAAGGAUGCAAAAUCUGGUUAGCUUAUGCUGUGUGCUCAGUUGUAUGUGUCCUGUGCCAAGAUGUGUUAGAAAACUGCAAGGUGUAAUCAUGGCAAGGCCGUUGUAGAUUAGGUCAACGUAUGACUGUGUGUCUUUCAUUGUAAUAAUUCCACAUUCUUUCUUCCUACUGGUAAAAGCCCGUUUGGAAUCCAGAAAUCUGCAGUGAUUAAUCUUCAUUACUAUUUUGUACCUUAUUUUGCACAUGACACUUUAUAUACGCUAAAACAGCUCAAAUAAGGCCAUACGGAACCGUUUCCUUGGAAUUAAAGAAUGAGACAUGCCCAACAUUCCAAACAGCAGAAUUGUUGUACUUCAAAUAAUGUGCUUAAAAACUAUUCUGUACAGAUAGUUAGUGUUACUGCCUUGCUAACUAGGUCUUGAAAGUAUUGCCACACAAAGACACGUUAGUUAUUUCUGGAAUGUGAGGGACCUUAAGAGAGAAUUAUAGUCAGUUUUUUUAAGUUUUCAAAAGUUUCCAAGCCUGGUCAACUAGACAGAAUUCUUGGUCUCCCCAAGUUAUCGGAGGAGUAGCUAAUUACAUGUUUGAAUGAUCAUCAAAAGUAUUUGGCUUUUUUACAGCAGGCCUAUGAGUAGAAAUGACUGGUGUUUUGAAGUCACCACCCACUCUAUUCCCUUGGCAAAAAAAAAGGCAAAUUAGAGACUAGAUGGUAGUUGUUCAUUACCAAAGGUUCUAAAUUUGGCUGUUUAAGGAGUGGUCUCACUGUCACCUCCUUGAGGUAGGAAAAAACCAUUCCCUCUCUCAAAGUGGCAUUAACAACCCAGUCCCCCAAAUCUCAAAAUGAAGUGCAAGGGUCAAGCAAGGAAGUUGUAGGUCUUAAAAUUCCAAGCAGUUUGUCCAGAUCUUCAUGCAAAACAAACUAAAAAUCAUCUGUCCUACAAGUGGAAGAUAGUAUCCUGGUCCCAUCCAUCUCUGAAAUUGGGCAGAAUUCUACAGCUUUUAUUUCAGUCUAGUAGAUCUUGAUUACAGGUACACAUGCAGGGCCUCUCAAGGCCCAGGCAGAUUCAUAGGAGUGCAGGCAGCCCUUCAGAGAACCUGGUCCCUUUAAAAGUCCAUACCAGCACUGUAACUUCAAACAAAAAAUGUAUGGGCAUCCAAUGCAGCUGGUAUAUUUUAUGUGUAGCUGUGAGAAACUGGGUCAUAAAGUUUUUUGUACAGUUCUCCUGUGAUCCCCAUUUAUGUUUUAGAGGUGUAAACAUUGUGAUGCUGUGGAAAUUAAGGUUUAAGACUUCAUUGCCAUGUGAAAACUUUAAUUUGGUUCCAGAUUAUACAAAGCAGACUUAUCCAGUGGAGACCAAAAAAGGAAAUUACUUUUCCCCCAGAAGAUAAGAGUUACACUAGGGAUUCUUAUUUUCAUAACAGAAACUCCCUCAAGUAGAAAAAUAACUAUUUCUUCCCUACUGCUCUCCUUUAUUAUGUUAUUCUCUGUCACAAACACCUAGUUUCUUCUCAGGCACCAUAGGUUAAUAGGUUGAUGGAGGGCUCAGGUGCUUAAUGAAAACAUUUCACCCACAUAUAUCACUAAGUAUAGAAUGCCAAUGUAAUGUUACGGAAGAGGAUGGGAUCUGCUUUCUGUUGAUGAGGUGGUUUUGAGGGAUAGUUCUCUAAUCUUUGCAAACUUAAAGGCUUGCAGCAGCAGCAAUGCUGAGAGUGGUCAAGUUAGAAUUCAUGCCUUUUGCUUGCCAACUGUCCAAGAGUCGUGGCAGGUGUCAGAAAAUAAAUGGAUCAACAUACUACACACAGAAAGAGACAGACAGAAUUAUAGCUGUCCAUUAACAAUCGAGUUGCAAACACAACUCACUAGAUACAAAGUGCACGAAACCAAGGCCGCUCAGAAAACACAAAUCGAGUAAGAUACACAGAGUCCAUCUGCACCAAUAAAAAGAUACUAGACAGGAAGAGAAACAAGCUGUUACAACUGAUCCACAAAUAACAGUUCAGUAGUCCAGCUGCUAUCAGUAUGGGAGGCAGGAUCAGCAAGCUAGCCUAUUUCAUUUAAAACUUUGGUCGUGAAUGUAAACAGUGCUUGAAAUACAUUCUCAUGUAUAUAUUCCGGGGAGAAGAGUUUCAUUUCCCAAACCAUUAAAAACUCAGAAGACUGGUGAUCUAGGGCUGCAGAAAGGUUAUGCAACACAAGUGAAUGUUUUCUUUUCUUUUCUAGUUUAUUCUUGGCGAAAGAAAGGCAUUUUGUUGGAUUCAAUGAGCAACUCUAGAGCCAAGUAACAUCUCUUUGUUAUAACAGAAGUUUUCUGCCAUUCUCCCCACCAUCACCUCUCUUGUGCUUUAUUUCUUGGCCCUAAGUCUGGAGCUUCCUGAGAUCUUCUAACCAGUUUUGGACAUUAUAAUACUGUAUAAUAGUUGUAUGUCUGCAACCCUUUUGAAGAGUUAUAGCUACAAAGAGCAACAAGCAAGCAAGGAAGCCAUUUCUUUACAUUCCACCUUACUGGCUGCUUUAAGACUGUAAUGUGACGUUUACAGGUUAUCAUUCAAAGGGAAGUGGCUUUUUAAUAGUUAAGAAUAGAGCACGUGCAGUAAGAGCUUAGACUGGAGUGUGCAAAUAAUUGCAUUGUCAGAACAUCCUAAUGCCUCGUUUGUACCAAUACAUUGAUGCAAAUAUUUAGACCUGAUGUUAGCAUAACUUUGAAUUCCUGCAUGAGUACGGCAGGACUAUGGCAAAUAUAAUUUCUUUUGUUUGUUUAUACACAUGGCUUCUCCCAAAGAAUAAGGGGAAACACACUUUAUCCCUCGCAGAGCUACAAUUCCAAGUACCCUGAGCAAACUAGAGUUCCCAGGAUUCUUUGGGGGAAGCUAUGUGCAUUGGAAGUUUGGUGUGAAUAUGACCUGCAUCCCACCCCUUGCUUCUCAUUACUUAAUCUGAUUUGCCUUGGGGCAAGUUUCUUCCUUGUUUCUUAACAGUGGUAAAAAGUUACUUCAGCAAAUAUGUUAAGUACGUUAAAUACUAACUUGGGUUCCUCUCUCAAUCAGAAUUUGAACGCCAGAGUUUAACACCUGAAAUAUUUCUAGACUGAGGUCAAAUUCUACAAUGGCUUAUCAAAGAACAUUUUAUGGAUAAGAGCAAUUACUUUAAACAAACACAAUGUUCUUGUAUUAUUGCAGAAAUUAAGUACAUUGCAUUAGCUGAACAUCUUGAGCUGAAACCAUAAUGUUAAAAAAAGGGAGAUUUAUAAUGUGUCGUGAAUGGUAUGAAUAUUUAGAUAAGGUUGCACGAAAUGUCAUAAGGUUGGCCAGUAACUACAUUAUAAAUUUGCUCUGCACAUUUCAAGAAAUCACAGAUACUAAAAAAGUAAUAAUAGUGAAAUGUUAACAUCCAACACUGCAAUAAACUGAUUUUACUGCAAUUGUACAUGAUGGAUUUUUUCCCCUUGACAUUUUUUCCUCAAGUGUGUUUACUUCCAAGCUGUGAUAUAUAAUGCCAUUAAUUUACACAGUAUUGGUGAAAUACAGCUGGUUUAUUUCUAGUUAGUAGAGAUUUUGUAGCCUUGUAAAGCAAAAUAAACAUUGUCUAAAAUAUACGACACUCCAUUUUGCUUUAGAAUUUUGUUUCAGUAUAUCUUUCAGGUCCAGUAUGCAUCUCAAUAUGGAAAGCAGAUUUUUAAAUUUAUUUAUUCAGCACUUUAAUGUGUAAAAUACUUGCCUUAGGUUGACUUUAACGCUAUCUGCUUUGUUGAGCAGCACUGGGUUGUCAAGUUUGAUUAUGCACACACACGGAGAGCCAGCUGCUAUAGAGGCAUUCAGGAGACUGAUAUUAAUAUUAACUUUUCAGAUAAAAAGUAUUAUUUCAUCCAAUCCUUUUUUCUUUGCUUUAGCCACCUGGACCCUCACAGCACCAGUCUGACUUCAGGCACUUCCUUUCUCUCCUUCUUUAGAUGAUCAGCCCUGUUAACUGAUCUGUCUGGCGGGGCUAACGUCAAGCACAGCAACAGGAGUGCCGGUUAGCUUUGUGGACUUUGUUGUUUAGUCGUUUAGUUGUGUCCGACUCUUCGUGACCCCAUGGACCAGAGCACGCCAGGCACUCCUGUCUUCCACUGCCUCCCGCAAUUUAGUCAAAUUCAUGCGGGUAGCUUCGAGAACACUGUCCAACCAUCUCGUCCUCUGUUGUUCCCUUCUCCUUGUGCCCUCCAUCUUUCCCAACAUCAGGGUCUUUUCCAGGGAGUCUUCUCUUCUCAUGAGGUGGCCAAAGUAUUAGAGCCUCAGCUUCACGAUCUGUUCUUCCAGUGAACACUCAGGGCUGAUUUCCUUCAGAAUGGAUAGGUUUGAUCUUCUUGCUGUCCAUGGGACUCUCAAGGGUCUCCUCCAGCACCAUAAUUCAAAAGCAUCAAUUCUUCUGCGAUCAGCCUUCUUUAUGGUCCAGCUCUCACUUCCAUACAUCACUACUGGGAAAACCAUAGCUUUAACUAUACGGACUUUUGUUGGCAAGGGGAUUCCAUAUUGUGAACCUCCCUGAGAUCUAUGGUUAUAGGGCAGUAUACAAAUUUAACAAAUGAAUAAAUAAAAAUUCUUGAGCUGGAGGUCAUAUGUUUUUAGCAGGAAAAUGGAGAAGAAUGAAAUUUCCCCAACCUUAUCAAGAGCUAUGUUUUGGUUCAUCAGAAUGGUUUUGAAGCUUGCAUUAACUUGAGAACAACUAUGUUUCAAUAUGACUCCUUAAAAGUGGGAGACAUUCUGUUUUUAAUCUUGGGUUUAUCAGUUUUAGAUAAGCUUUGCAGUUAACACAGAUGAUUGUGUUAUGAUCUAUGAUGAUGAAGAUUAUCUUGCUUAUCUUGAACCAGUGCAGCAGUAACAAAGGUAAUGUUCUUUUAUGGUUCCCCCUUGGACAGAAGGGACUUGAGUUGAGUCCCAGGUUCAUUUAAGGUAGUGAAGAAGAGAGGGGAAUGGCCAUAUGGAGCAUGUGAUUUGCAUACAAAAGCUUGCGGGUUUGGUCCUCCACAUCUUUGGGUCUGGCUGGGAAAGAUGCCUGAUGGAGCAGUGUAGAUAAUAUUGAUCUAGAUGGAGUGACAGUUGGAUUUGGUGCAAGGCAGCUGCUUAAGGUAUGUUGUGUGCUCUGAAAUAGUACCUAAGCAUUUUCUACUUUCACAUAUAUGCAAAGUCUAGAAAGCCCACAUACUAUGUCCUGCUACAACUUUGAGGUAGUAACUUAAAACAGGAACUUUCUUUAAACCUGCUCUUCCAUUGCUACAGUAUAGUACAUGCGCUUGGAGCUCAUUAUUUGUGGAAAAUUGGUCACUAUCAACUUAAGCCCAGUGGGAUCUAAAUAUGAUGAAUUUGCUCAGGAUUCAGCUUUGGUUGUCCUUCAGUGUUAUGGAUCCUUCCAUAGCAAUUUGGAUAUGUUUAUAGUUUGCCUGUGUUGUGCAAAUUUCAUGUUGCUUGCCAUAGGCAACCCAUCCUUACUCUGAAUACAAAGCUCCUUUUUGCCUGCUGUUGUAGAUGCUUAGACAGGAUUUUAUAUGUGAAUUUAAGCUAGGAUAAGGUAGUCUAGGGUUAAACUUUUGCUCUGCCUGAGGAAUAUGGCUGGUAAUGGCAUUUGGAAAGGCAGGGCAGUUGUUCAGGGCCGAUGGUUGUUUGAAGGGCUCAUCAAGCUGAACCAUAGCUAUGGCGUAAUUAUCCACCCUCUUCAGUUCCUGUGCUCAGAAGAUCAGGAAGAAGUGAAUUGAGAAGUGUGCAGAUGAUAAACUCUUUCCUUGAGGGAUGGAGAAAUAGCCACUUUCUUGUCUAGGGCUUCACACAAAAAAUGGGAGAUGGCCUUAGUGGUCAGCAAGCUGUUGUAAAACCAGGACCUUGGCUAUUGCGUGAUCUUUGCAUGUGUUUUAAAGGAAAUGACAAUGGAAGAAAAGUGUGUCUAAUACAAUAUAAAAAGACUCAUACACAGGCACUGGCUGAUCUUGGAAGGAACAAAACAUUCAAGUGCAUUUCCCAUUUUUUAUUCAUGUGCGUUGGCCCUUUUGAUUGUUUUGUAGAAACUUGCAUUCACUUUGCUUUGGGGAAAAUGUAUGCUAUGAGAUUUAUUCCACCUUUUCCACCUAUGUUUCAUAUUUGCUUAACUUUUUUUUUACCUAGUCACUUUCAUUAAAAGAGUACCAUGAAAGUAAUUAUUCUGUCAAACUGAGGAACCCUAAAGGUUACUUGGAGUAGCUUAUUAACUUGAAAAUAAGAGACGGUCUGUCAAAAGAUCCUCCCUGUAGGUCCCAUCAACCCCCAUGGGCUGCUCUAUUGGGUCCCCCAACCCUUAAGAGCACAUUUUGGGAUGGGGGGGGGAGGACUGUAGGAGCAAGUGGAAGAAGGGAAAAUUCCAUUGCAUGAGCAGGUUUGCUCCUGCAACAUUGGAUUUCCCUCUAUAUUAUUGUCAGAACAUAGGAUCGGAAAUCAGUUGAUCUAGUUUUUCACUAGAUUGUGGAACUAAUGCUAAGUGGAACCCUUCAAUUUGCUGGACUAAUGAACAGACAUUAUUGUCUAGCUGCCAUUUCAACUCGAGUCCAUUUAAUUAAAAGCAGUGUUUAGAGUAACUUUGGUGGCAGUUCUCAAAAGCAGCCACAGUGAACAAAAGCAACUUCAGCAUUGCAGUUGGAUUUUUAUUUUUGCAAUUCUCUUUUAAAAAAUAAAAUAAAAAUGCACGAACCUCAUGUGUAACUUUUGGUGUUCUGUCUUGUUUAUUUGCUGUAUCAUCUUCCACUACCUUAAAUGUUUUCACUGGUCUCUCAGGCUAGCAGGGUCACUCUGGAUGUAUUGUCCAGCUCAUGGGUAAUAAUUCCUAGGCGUCUGGCAAAACUUACUUUUCAAGCCUUCUACACAAAUUUCAUCAGUUUACAGAAAUGACUCAAAAUAAUCAAUUCAUUUCAACAUUGAGAGGAAAAUAGUGUGAUAUACAGUAUAUGAACUGUGUGUUUACAAUGCAGCAGGAUGGUGUGUUAACUUCUACAAACUUUAAAGAUUCUGUUUUGCAAGUUUUUCUUGUGUGCUUUAAAAUCUUAUUUAUGUGCAGUUGCCCUUCCUGUGUUGGAAAAUGGGCAUUGCACACAUUCCCAUUUACCCAAGGGCACACAUAUUUACCUUUCCCUAGGACUGGAGCUAUACUGCUGCUGUGAUGAAUACUCAGGGAGGGGAUGGAAAAACCAUACAGCUAGAAAAUACAAAAAUGGCAUAAAAAUGACAGGCAUUUUCCCCAGCAUCCCUAGAAACGCUGCCAAUGGACCAGUCAAGAACUGUGCCAGCAAUGACACCCAAUGCUGCUCACACGUUGAGAGAGCCAACACAAUGUGAUAAGGAUAUACCCCCAGCCCACAUCCCUGCACCACCAUAUACACAACAUGCAAGACAAUCCUGCAGUGCCCCAGUUUCAUCGGCCCUACAGACUCAGCCCGUAACAAGUCUGCUGUUGCCAAACCCCAAGCAUCCCUUCAGACAGUGGUCUGAAGCCCCCUUAUGCUCCUUCCAAGCACUGCUUUAUGAGCCCAACAUGCAAAGGGGAGGAAGGACAGCCUGUACAAUGCAGCACCCAUGCAGCUCCCCCUGGGCAGAGUACACACAGUCCUGCCUGGCACCCCCAGUUGUUGGGAGCGGCAUAGAGUUUGGUAUGGCGUAUUUGUACCUGGAGUCUCGAGCUGAGGUGCUUUAGAGCUGUAGGCAGAGAAGUGUAGCAGUGAACUCAAGUUCUGAGGUGUGUUCUGAAGACAGACUGUUCUGUGCAAAGGUAUCCCUUUUUUGUGCGAAGUGCCCUUUCUCCGGGUUUCCAUCACCAGAGUUCUGCUGUGCAAGGGUCUAAUUGUGCAGAAGAUGGGGCCAGAGAUAUACAGCUCCAUGCCACGUGCCAUAAUAUCAGAGAAGUGGUCUCACCAUUGUGGGGCUUGCAUACUUGUUGUAAUGUGUUUUCAUAGGGUGCAUGUGGAGUUACACGAUAAUCUAGGCUCUGCCAUGGUGACAUGAGCAGAUCUGUUGACAGAGUACUGCUUUGUUUUUGGUUUUUUUAAAAAACCCUCAUGUUGACUUUAUGGGGGGGGGGAUUUCUUGCACCGGAUUUGGGGUUGGUAUAAAGUUGUGCCAUCCAUGGGGUUGUGGCCAUUGAUUUAAAGGGGUUUGCUGCCAUUAUGCUUUUCCCAUGAUGGCCCCAUUCCACCAUCUUGCCAGAGUGCUUCUCCCAAUGUCACUGCACCUGUGCCAACAUGCUGCCUGCAACUCCCAUAAUCCUUGGCCAUUGGCCACGUUGGCAGGAUUGAUGGGAGUUGUAGUCCCACAACAUAAGGAGGGCACCGUAUUAGUUAGCCCUGCUGCACCUUUUUAGCUUGUGGAACUUCAGAACAAAUUUGCGCUCCGCCUCAAAUGAUUAAGGAUCUCUUGAAAAAUCUCCACUUGUAAAGUGACGAUUUACAGUCGAAAGAUUAUUGCUUCCUUCAUUUCGCUAUAAUUUACCAUGACUAUAAAUUACUUCCUUAAUUUAUUAGUAAUAGAAGGGGGAAAGGUUGUAUUUUAUUAUAUGUUACUAUGGAAAAUGAGUUGUAAAUUUGUUAAUGAAACUGCUGACUCAUUGCUGCAGGAGGACAAAACAGUGUGGAUUUCUUUUGUCUAUGUGAUUGAAACACAUUGUUUUUCUCUGUUUUGGGAAGACUAUCCAUAAGGUUUGUCAUACUUUGUAACAAAUCUUGAAACUGCCACUUUCUCCUUGUCACAUUUUAGCAAUGUUUUAGCCAAAUCAAUAAAACCAAUAUGAAAUAUCCACUUUGUCACAGCUUUGUGAUUCCUUUCUUUCCCCUCAAUGGGUGGCAUAUUCCUGAUGGGUCCCUGAAGUAUGGAUAAUUACUCAUUUAGUGAACAGAAACACAGUGACAUAUAAGGUAAAGGUAAAGGUAAAGGUAAAGGUAAAGGUAAAGGUAAAGGUAAAGGUAAAGGUAAAGGGACCCCUGACCAUUAGGUCCAGUCAUGACCGACUCUGGGGUUGCGUGCUCAUCUCGCUCUAUAGGCCGAGGGAACCGGCGUUUGUCCGCAGACAGGUCAUGUGGCCAGCAUGACUAAGCUGCUUCUGGCUAACCAGAGCAGCACACAGAAACGCCGUUUACCUUCCUGCCGGAGCGGUACCUAUUUAUCUACUUGCAGUUUGAUGUGCUUUCAAAUUGCUAGGUUGGCAAGAGCAGGGACCGAGCAACGGGAGCUCACCCCGUCACGGGGAUUCGAACUGCCGACCUUCUGAUCGGCAAGUCCUAGGCUGUGUGGUUUAACCCACAGCGCCACCCAUGUCCCUAGUGACAUAUAAACACCUAUAUAAAUACAGUCGUACCUUGGAGGUUGAACGGAAUCCAUUCUGGAACUCUGUUCGACUUCCAAAACCAAGACGCAGCUUCGGAUUGGCUGCAGGAAGCUCCUGCUGCCAAUCGGAAGCCGCGGAACCUGCGUCAGACAUUUGGGUUCCAAAGAAUAUUGGCAAACUGGAACAUUCACUCCUGGGUUUGCGGUGUUCGGGAGCCAAAACGUUUGACUUGCAAGGCGUUUGACUGUAUAUUCUUAAUUGGUUCUGAUUAUGCCUCAUUGUAACAGCACUUGCAGUUCCACAGACAGAAAGAUCUAGGUAUAUUAAAAUGAGCUUUAUGUGCUGCAUUUCAUGUUGAAUGAUACAUGAAAGCUUGAUUUCUUAACAGCUAGAGUAUUGUUGGGCCAGCAGCUGAGGAGGAAAUUUUUUGUCAGUUCAGAGACCUUGGCAUUUUGGUCUGUCUGUCUCCAAGCUGAAUGGCUGCUUGUUUGAGGUAACUAGGUUGUCUUUGUGGAUCUCCUUGGGAGAAAAAAAAACCUUCUGUGUUACAUAUCCCAGUAGAGGCGAAAGACUGGGGUACUAGUGCCAAAAUUAACAGGAACAAAGUGCUAAGAUUGUACCAGUGGGCAAAAGUGGUUUCUCUCAAGUUUGCUCAAAGAGCACUGAAUGAAAAAUGAGAUUCUGAAAGAGCAAUUGCUCUGGCACUGGUGGGUAACUAUAGCUGAGGCCAUGGAAUAAAUGAGUAUUUAUGUAGGAGAUUCUGUACCCCCAUGUCAGACUGCUGCUUUUUAGGCUACAAGGAAGCCUUUUUGGCACUGGAGACACUGAGGACUAAGGCUGGACUCAGGAAUACCCUGCUCAAUCAUGCACUAUGCAGGAGUGAAUGAGGACAGCGUGUACACAAACUGUAGAGUUCCUAAAGGAACAUCUUGUUCAGUGGCCUGCCUAUUCUGAGGGAGGAUGCCCUGCUAUCUAAAAUAUUCCCUGAAUAUGCAUUUCCACCAUUUCCCUGAAAAACCUCAAAAGGUACAAGGUGUACAACUGUUAGUGACUUGCUACUGUAACAAGCUGCUCUGUUUUAAACUUUAUUCUUUAAAGUUUAACUUUAACCUAGAUCCCUGGUUGUCAGCUAGCUUUCUUGGAAGACCACUUUAAGAACUGAAUGAGGGGUUAUAGCUCAUCUCCUCAGCUCCAUUGGCUUCCUAAGUGGGCCUGCUGGCAAGUUCAGUUCCCACACUUAUUUCACAUUAUUUUGGGGCCUACAUCGGCACUUGAGGGAGCAAGUUUUUCCUCAUAGCGGGGCAGAUUUGGCCCAGGAGUCUCCAGUUGCUGACUCUUAAUUCUAUUCAGGAUAAAGUUGUUUUCAUCACAUUCCUUGGGGACGCAGAUAAACAGUUUCCUUUCUGUUGUUCUUUUUAAAAAUAUUUCAAAAUGUAUGCUCUCUCUCUGUGUUGCAGGGAGUGAUCACGCCUGCUGUCCUUGCCCUCUUCCAAAGGCUGAUUACCUGUGGUUUUUCCAAAUGUCUUUCAUGCAGGGGCAAAACUAGGCUUUAUUUCACCCAGGUCAAAGACCCAGUUUGUCACCUCCCAUGUGCAUUUGCACACACACGCACAGGCUGGGAGCUUCAUGGUGCGGCUUCACCAUGGGCAAAACUCCCCCACUAGUGCCACACACCCCAGCUAUGGCGAAAAACAAAAGGAUGCCAUCAGGAAGUUAUGGGGCCUAUUCUGAGUUAUGGGACAUGCGCUGAUUGAAAACAAAGCACUAAGACUGCCCCAAACCCUUGCAGCUGCAAACAGGAUCGACAGCAGGGACACAUUUAACCCCCUCAGUGCCAUCAGCAGCACAAAUCAUCAUGAAUGCGCACUAAGGGCGGAGGUCUAGAGAGGCUCUGAACCUGCACUCUGCCCUUGAGAGCCAGCGUGGUGUAGUGGUUAAGAGCGGUAGUCUUGUAAUCUGGGGAACCGGGUUCGCGUCUCCGCUCCUCCACAUGCAGCUGCUGGGUGACCUUGGGCCAGUCAUACUUCUUUGAAGUCUCUCAGCCCCACUCACCUCACAGAGUGUUUGUUGUGGGGGAGGAAGGGAAAGGAGAAUGUUAGGCGCUUUGAGACUCCUUAAAGGGAGUGAAAGGUGGGAUAUCAAAUCCAAACUCCUCUUCUUCUUCUCUUGUUGCUGGUGCUAUGUAAGUAACACAAGCAAGUUUUGACGGGAAGCAGGUGUUCCCUUUGCCUCUUAAUAACAGUCUUGCUGGUUUCAGCUACCUUUGCUCCACCUUGGUUCUUCUGCAGAUGCUCUCAGGCUCUAAUUCUGUCCCUGCUGGGACUUGUGCCCAGCACCAACACUGGCUAGGUUGAGAGUGUGAAUGCUGAAAUUGACAAAGAACAGAAACUGUAUGUUAUUAUUACUUUGGAAGAAAUCUCUGUAUCACGAUAGGAUGCCAGUGGGACGCAGGUUGCACUGUGGUCUAAAUCACUGAGCCUCUUGGGCUUGCCUAUCAGAAGGUCGGCGGUUCGAAUCCCCGCAACGGAGUGAGCUCUCGUUGCUCGGUCCCAGCUCCUGCCGACCCAGCAGUUCAAAAGCACACCAGUGCAAGUAGAUAAAUAGGUACCACUGUGGCAGGAAGGUAAACGAUGUUUCUGUGCACUCUGGUUUCUGUCACAGUGUUCCGUUAUGCCAGAAGCGGUUUAGUCAUGCUGACCCGGAAAGCUGUGGACAAAUGCUGGUUCCCUCGGCCUGAAAGCCAGAUGAGCGCCACAACCCCAUAGUUGCCUUUGACUGGACUUAACUGUCCAGGGGUCCUUUACCUUUACCUAGGAUGCCGUAGUAGGUACAAGCAUGUUGCAUGUUAAUUUGGAGGUUUUUUUUGUCACUGAAACAGGAUUUUCAAAAGUAUCAGCAUUCCCAACGCCACUUGCCUUGCACAUUAGCAGUGUUAUAGUUUGAAGCCUAGGAAGUGGGUGAGUAGUUGGUAGUCUGCACUUUGCAUACUGCUUCAUGCUUUCUAGAUUGGUUGCUUCAUCUGGGAUGCAGAUGUGUUGUGAAAAACCAACGCUGUCACUCUCUCUUUGAAGACUUGGGACUUCAACGGCAUUGUAAAUAUACAUGUUUCUCUAGAAUAUAUUUGCAUUAGAUUGAUAAGGUCUAUGAAUAAUUGUGAUUUCUUUUAGAUCAGAAAGAUAGAUUUCAGUUAUAUGUACAGCACUGGUAAAGACAGCUUUCCGCGUUUGUCAAAUUUUAAUAAACAUUUCUCACCCAACAGUGCAGAUAUAUUCUGCUUACAACUUGUAGCACAAAAGCAUAGCAACAUUAUGUUUAUAUUAUAGAGUUGCAAUCUUCUUCUAGGAAUCAUUCUCAAACGUCUGAUAUAUAUACAGAGAGUUUUGAUGAUGACAUUUUUGGCUGUACUCUAGUUGUUGCUGUUUACUUUUCUGAAUGGUUGUGGAUUAAGGCGGUAUGUCCUGGUGAACAAUCAGACCUUGUAUAGCCCACUUUCAACCAGUGUUAGAAACUGAGAUAUGAAAGCUAGGAGCUAAAUGGCAUCUUAAGCUUAGAUUAUGGAUGCAACAACGGAAUGUCUAGGCACAUUUUUUUAAUAAGAAUACCAAGCUGAAAAUGAAUGAACUACAGCUAAAAUACUAUGUUCAUUUUUCACAUGGUCUAGUCCUUCUCCUGCCCACCCCCCCUAAUAUUCUUAAGAGGGUCUCUUCUCCAGUCUUCAGAGAGUGGCUGAAAGUGGGGAGGCAGAAAAAGCUCCUCCUUUCCUUCCACUCUGCAGUUUUAAUCUGAAAUCUUAAGCACAGUACUGCACCCAGAGCUCAGAAACGGCUCGCGUUAAUGAAAUUCCCAGUCGCAAAAUGCACCUAGAACAAUGGGAGUUUCGAACACUGCUUUCUACCCAUCUGAUUUUUUAAAAAGGUUCAUAAGGUUGCUUGAUUGUAAUAAUAUGAAACUUAUGCAUAUUGAAACACCAGGAGAUUUGUUGGGAGUGAUGAAUGAGAUUGUGGAUUUACUCCGCACAAAACACAGUUGCCAGGGACUUUUGUCUCUUUAAGAAUGAUUCAGCUAAAAGGCGAAGAAAGAACAGGUCAAAAGGGAGUUUGGGCCCAUGCUGGUAUUUCCUGCAAGCUAAAUAAUUCCAGCAGGGUACAGAGCUAAACAAACCUUGAACGUUUCUAGAGUUUAUAAAGACAAGCUUCUUACUUGGGACUCCAUGGUGAUAAAGAAAAAAGGAUUUUAGUUGGAAUUUUAUAGAGUUUUGGGAGAUGCUAUAGUGAAGAUUCAAAGAGUGCGAUAGGCAAAGUCCUCCUUUCAAAUCUCUCUUCAAUGUAAUAAGGAAGCUUCUGUCUGUGACUCUUAGGCUGUGUACACGCCAUACAUUUAAACCACACACCUUGCCACAUCAAAACUUGAGAAAUUUAGUUUAAGGUGCUGGGAAAUGUAGCUUUGUAAACUACAGUUCCUAGAAAUCUUCGGGGUGGAAAUGUGCUUUAAAUGUAUCGGCAGCCUUAGUCCCUGAUUCUGCGGUAUGAGAAUCAAAAUAUGGGGGAUGUUGACUUCCAGGAUUGUUGUAAGACUUAUUGAGAUAAGGAAGGGUUGUCCAAUGGUGACCUUUAAGUUAACUGAAAGGACUUCUGCUUGUGCAUGGCUGAGAACCUGGUUUUCACUGAUUCCAACCCCUUACCCUGCUCAGCCACCUGCGCCCCAGCCCAAAAGCUGCUCCUGAGGAUUGAGGGGUGCUCCAAAACAGUAUGGGAUAUAGCACAGUGGUUCAGUGUAUAGUGUCCUAUCUCGCAUGAACAGAAGUACGUUCUGCAAGCAUGGGGGUGGGGGCUCUGUUCCCAGAGCCCACUUGAGAGGGCUGAAGAUUCCUGAGGAUCAAACCCCUUUGUAAAGUCUCAUAGCCCUGUGGUUGCGCAGUAAUGUGUGUUCCUUCUUAUUAUUUUUGCUUUAUGAUACAUUCAGGUUGUUUUGUUACUGUCAGUCAUGGCAUAAAUGGCUUCAUUUCAUGUUUUUUGUGUGUGUUUCUGUGUGCUUAGAAUCUCCAUAGGUCCACCAAUGUGGUCUACCAAGCUCACCACGUUAGCAGGAGUAAGAGAGGGCAAGUCGUGGGCUCAAGAGCUGGCUUUCGAGGCUGUACAGUGUGGCUCACAGGUAUCGUACUCAUGAUUAACUCAGCAAGUGGACAAAGUUACUGUAUUGCAACUGAUGGGUCCAUUAUUAUAAGUCACAUAUAAGGAGAAAAAGGUGUUGUUUAAUGUUCAGUUCAGCAUGGCCAAGAGGUGUGAGUUCUAAAUGCUUUAAUACAGUGGUGGUGAAUUGCUGGCCCAUGGUUUGUGCCUGGCUCUCCAACCAUUUUAUUUUUAUUUCAUUUGUUCCUGCCACAGACACCCACCAACCUUGCCAGUAGUGUGGCUCAUCUGACAAAUAGUGAGGGGGUGACAACCUCUGUGUGUCAGCUGAUUUUUGUGUGCCCUGUAUCUGUGUGUGGCAUAUGCGCAUAUGUGAGGCAACGUAUUUGUUACUGUCACUGGAUGCUCAGAAAUUGAGACUUCAUGUAGAGCCAUUGUUCGCAUGCAGUCCUGGGUGACCACAGCAGCUCCCUGGCUCUGAUUUCCCCAGCUAGAGCUUUUUUGUGUGUGUCUAUCCGUAGCCAAAAUGGACUGAAAGAAGCUUUGCACAAACCAUUCUGUUAGUCAACACUCCACUGUAGACACCUUUACCCUGAGCAGUUAGAAUGUUUGUGAACAUUUCCCAGCAGCUCAGUCAAUGGAUAAAGAAACUCAUACAUGACCAAAGACAAACACACAUACCUGUUGUUUGAUGUUCCUGUUGUUCCUUGUUUAUAAAGGAAUAAAAAUGUUUUAUUAAAUGAGUUUAGUUGCAUGAUCUUUGAGAACUUAUUUUAUGACAUAUUUGUGAAUGUGAAGGGUCCUUUGAACCCAUGAAAAAUCAUAGAUUUCAUGCACUGCUUAUUAUUAAUACAGGUCUUUCUGGUGCUGGCAAGACAACCAUUGGGUUUGCACUUGAAGAGUACCUUGUGUCUCAUGGCAUCCCUUGCUACUCCCUUGAUGGGGAUAACAUUCGUCACGGACUCAACAAAAACCUUGGCUUCUCUGCUGAUGACCGAGAAGAAAAUAUCCGUCGCAUUGCUGAAGUUGCCAGGCUGUUUGCUGAUGCCGGACUUGUUUGCAUAACAAGUUUCAUUUCUCCAUUCUCAAAGGUAAACCUUUCAAGAAAAACAACAUAUUUCCCAUGCUGUAAAAGCUACUUUUACUAAUAUUUGUGGAAAGAAGAUACUACAUAAUUUCCGCCCUCAUUUCCCAACAGGUGGGUGGGGUUUGCGACACUGAGCGGGCUUACCUGGUCUGGUGCCUCCCACCUGGGUCAGGGUGGCUAUUGUCCGGCCCCCGGCCUGGGAGGACAAUGGACGGCCAGCUGGGGGUGGGGCAAAGGCCAAGGGAAAGAGGCCAACCCCUUUGGCCAAACCUCACUUUGUUUCUUCCUCUUUCAACAUUUGGGGGCUAAAAAUACAGCCCUUUUAAUAUAUUGUUUCCAUGUAAAGCAUUGUCAAGGGGUGUUGGAAUGGAGGUUGGUCCAAUAUUUUUAUUCAGCAUUAUGCAAAAGAAUUCUGUUUAUAAAAUAUAAGCAUGUUUCUGACAGAGAGAGAGAGAGAGGCUGUGUCCUAUGUUUGUGUGCCCUGUAGGUCUGGAUACAUCCCGUGUUUGGAUUGAUGUUGACAUUUUAAAUGUGGGUAUAUCUCUUCUUUUAUUUUAAAUGUUGUCUUAAUGCUGACGUAUUGUGCUGUUUUGCUGCUAUUUGUGGGUAGAUGCCCUGAAAAAGCAGGAUAAAUACCUAGAAACAAAUAUACAAAUAAUAUGAGAGAGAGAGAGAGAGAGAGCGCUUUGUAUCAAUGUCCUGUCAUGUCUCUCUCUGUGUGAGUGUUUGUACUGUAACUUAAAAGGAAACAAAUGUUAGCAUUAGUAUGCUAUUAUUUACUCUGCUUUCCUUUUAUACAGGACCGCCAGAAUGCAAGAAACAUUCAUGAGGCAGCUGGACUUCCUUUCUUUGAAAUCUUUGUGGAUGCUCCCCUGAAUAUCUGUGAGAGCAGGGAUGUGAAAGGCCUUUAUAAAAAAGCACGAGCUGGAGAAAUAAAAGGUAUGCCAGUUUUUGCAUCUACUGAUAAUGUAUUCUAUUCCCCGCAUGGAAUCCCCAGUUCACAUCACCCCCCAUCCCACUUCUUCCAGAAGUCUCCCUUGAGCAGCAGACUUGCUUUGGCUGAACUCUGCCCUAGUCUGAAUUUGUGUUACUAGAUACCCAGCUGAGAGAUGCCAGGGGCCUCCCAUGGCUGUGCCAUGGCUAACUGCAGCUAUGGACCCGACACAGCUGUGUUGCAGGAAGGAAGGGGCACUCUGGUGACACAUUCUCCUGUUUGAAACCCAAUGCGCCAGAUAGUAAACUCUGCUGCCUUGGAAGGUAGCAAUUUCUCUGUAGUGUUUUGACUUAAGUAGUUGAUGAGAGGUCUCCAGCAGUUCGUGCAAAAGAUGCAAAAGCCAUUCCUAAGCAUGGGUGUCCUGAAAGAGAACACAUUUCCUUGCCCUUUUUAACCACUUGACUGCCAUGCUAUUGUUUAUGUAAAUGAAUAUUCCACACUCUAGGAUUCACUGGAAUUGACUCCGAUUAUGAGAAACCAGAAGCGCCUGAAAUUGUGCUGAAAACCAACGUAUAUUCUGUCACUGAAUGCAUCCAGCAGAUUGUGGACCUCUUGCAAGAUCAGGUACACUGUUUAAGUAACGAAACCUAGAAAAGCAUGAAUGUCUCUCCCCCCCCUUCCCAGAUCCAUUUUAAAAAAUGAAUAUUGUCACUAAGGGCCUUCACAUCUUCUUUUUAUCCUCUAGAACAUUGUUCCACCAACUGCGAUCAAAGAUGUCCUUGAACUGUUUGUCCCUGAAAAUAAAGCUGAACAAGCUCGGGCUCAAGCCAAUACACUGCCUUCUGUGAAGAUUACCAAGGUAAGAGAGUAGUAACCUGGAGGAGUGAAAUUGUGUUAAUCUGCUGUAGCAAAACCAUCCAAUGGUAGUGGAUUUCUUCCCCCUUACAUUCCUUCCUGUGUUCCAAGGAUUAUGCAUUGUUUGGUGCACUGUGCAUCAGGGAGGUCUAUCAGUGCAUGGAGCCACUAAUUCUUGUUGGUGCCACUUCACCACCGUCUUCAUUCACAUCUAAAGCAGCAUCAUACCACUUUAAACAGUCAUGGCUUCCUCCCAAAGCAUCCUGGGAGCUGUAGUUUGCUAGAGGGCACUGAAAGUUGUUAGGACUGCAGACCUCUAUUCCCCCUCACAGAGCUACAAUUCCCAGAGAUCCCUGGGAAGAGGGCUUGAUUGUUAAAACCUCUCUGGGAAGUGUAGCUCUGUAAAGGGGAUGGGGGUCUUUGAACAACUCUCAGCACCCUUUAAUGAAUUACAGUUUCCAGGAUUCUUUUGAGGAGAAGCCUUGGCUGUUUAAAGUGAAAUGAUGCUACUUUAAAUGUAUAGUGCAGAUGGGACUAAAGCCUGUGCCAGUAUAUUCCCAAGAAGGCUCUCCAAUCCUUAUUUCUAUAUAUGUUCUAUCAGAAGAUAACAAAAAAAAGACCCAGAACUAGCUCUGCCAUCAAGCCGAUCGAGCAAACUGCAUCAGCUUGCCAAUUUUAUAGUUUAGUAUAUUUUUAUUACUCUUGGAGGGGUGCCAUCUGAAUGUUCUGCAUUGGGUAUCAAAAUCUCUUGGAUUGCCUUUUGAAUGCUUUCCAAUCCUAGAUUUUUACUGGCUUCUUUUAACUACUUCUGGAUUUUAAUGGAUAUAUAUUUAUUAUAAAAUAGUUGUUUUCCUGUUUGUAUUGCAUUUUGGAAGUGAUCUUUGUAGAUUUUAAUUAUGAACUUAUUGUAAGUUCAUUGCCCAUCACCUUGUCCACCUACCUGGUAGAGAGGCGGCUGGCAAAGGCGGUAAAUAAACAUUCCCAGGGCAUCUUAAGGACUGACACAUUCACUGUGGCAUAUGCCUUUGUAGACUAGGAUCUACUUAUUCAAAUGCAAGAUGCGAGAGUAAAUUGGAUAAAUAGUUCUGUUCCAGAUAAUCAUCCAUAUCACUCUGUCUACUGUAGACCUAGGGAAAUCAGAGUCCAGCUAAAUAUACAUAGCCUUCUCAGUGUGUUCAGUAAAAUACAGUCAUAUGUAAUCAGUACUUAAAACAUUUCUUUGCUGCCUUAUGCCUUAGUGUCAUCAUUGGGUGCACCAGGGGUGAGGAACUAUUUGUUGAACUAUAACUCCCAUAAUCUCUGACCAUUGGCUAUGCAGGCUGGGCUUGUUGGGAGUUACAUCUGGAGAAUUAAGGAUUUCCCAUCCUGAUUUACACUAUGGAAAGGUUCCUCAGAAAGACUCGUUUCCUCUCAGCUAACUCUGGCAGAAGUUGCUGGCCCCCUUAUGUGUCAUGGACAUGUGAAUGAGAGAGUUUACAAGAUGGGUUGCCAUUAUGCCUUAGGGAGCCAGAAUCCAAAAUCCUGCAUAUACCUCAGGUUUUCCCAGUUCCAUAAUAUUCAAACCAUAUUCUAAGGAACCCUCUAAAGCUUAUCCAGACUUUCAUAAUAAUAAGAGGAGUAAAAGGCUGCUUGUUCGCCACUGCCAGUCUCCCUCUAGAAUGCACUAAGUUGCUAAAGGAGAGUGUUUGAUGUAUUCUUAGGCCACCAACUUUUAACUUACCUGUGAGUUUGGGGACCCAUUUCCUAAUUGUUAUUAUUAUUUUUACUGUGUAUCUGUAUGGUGGUAGUGCUGUUGUUGUGGCCCACUUCAGAUCAGGCCACAACCAUGUAAGUGUGAGGGAACUUCAUCAUCUGAAGACCAAUGUUCUAGGUUAGUCAUUCACUUCAGCCAGGACUACACCAAGGCCCAGUGGCCCCAGUCCACACCCUGUGUUAAUUCCAGGGUCUAAAACAUUCCUUAAGGUACUCAGCUACAUACAGGUGUCCUGUGGCCGACUUACAGACAAAUCAGUUUAGAAAGGAUUCUCUGAGGGCAAGAUGUUUGAAACUCCUUGUAUAAGCUAAGAAUAGAUCUCUUUAAAUGCAAUGCCCUUGCUGUUUUCUUUUUAAAAAAAACAAACAAACAUAAAAUGAAGAUUUAACAACCGUUGGUCAACACUGAGUUUAUUCCAGGCUUCUUUUAUCUUUGAUGCUUUUGAUCCCAAUGCAAUUGGACUCAAAAUGAUUCUGACGACACCUGUGGCCAUCUACUGGCUAAUAUUUGCAGGUGCAGCCAUUUACGCUUCUACAACUGCAUGAUUAGAAAUUAAUAUCUGGCUGCUUCUGUAUAAAUGCUAGCUUUUUUUUUGAGGGCUGUGUGUGUAUUAUUAUUAAUUGCAUGCCCUUCGUAUAUAUUUGAGUUGGGGCUAUGUUGAUAUAAACUGGCUAUAAGCAAGCAGUAAAUUUCCAGAGCUGUGAGGGGGAUCCAAAACCUGCCUCCUACACAGUGUCUACCCGGGUAGAACUGCCGGGUUUACUGCCUUAAUGAUGAAUCCAAGUGCACCUUUUAUUUAUUCCUAUACAGUGGUACCUCUGGUUACGUACUUAGUUUGUUCCGGAGGUCCGUACUUAACCUGAAACUGUUCUUAACCUGAAGCACCACUUUAGCUAAUGGGGCCUCCCGCUGCUGUCGCACGAUUUCUGUUCUCAUCCUGAAGCAAAGUUCUUAACCCGAGGUACUAUUUCUGGGUUAGCGGAGUCUGUAACCUGAAGCGUAUGUAACCUGAAGCAUAAGUAACCCAAGGUACCACUGUAUCAGAGAAUGGUUGGUAUUGCUACUGAAGGGAGAGGAAUUACAUGUGGGGAUAAUAUUGCAUUGUAGCAAAGGUUUCCCAAUAUUGCUGGCAUUGUGUGAUCUGGUUAUGAACCAUGAGAAAUCUCUUGGGGAGAUACAGCUCACAGUAUAUGGGUUUCCCUACAACAUAACCUGCCCAUCAUAAUGACUGACACCUGCUAGUAAAAAACAUGUGGUUAUGAUGUUUUAUGCCUUUUGUUUUGGUCAUAAGUAACUUACACUUUUUAGUAAUUGGGCCUGUAUUUUAGUAGUGGAAAUGUAGUUGGAGGAUGGAUGGCGGCUAACAGAUUGAGGUUGAAUCCUGACAAGACAGAAGUACUGUUUUGGGGGGACAGGAGGCGGGCAGGUGUGGAGGAUUCCCUGGUCCUGAAUGGGGUAACUGUGCCCCUGAAGGACCAGGUGCGCAGCCUGGGAGUCAUUUUGGACUCACAGCUGUCCAUGGAAGCACAGGUCAAAUCUGUGUCCAGGGCAGCUGUUUACCAGCUCCAUCUGGUACGUAGGCUGAGACCCUAUCUGCCUGCGGACUGUCUCGCCAGAGUGGUGCAUGCUCUGGUUAUCUCCCGCUUGGACUACUGCAAUGUGCUCUACGUGGGGCUACCUUUGAAGGUGACUCGGAAACUACAACUAAUCCAGAAUGCGGCAGCUAGACUGGUGACUGGGGGCGGCCGCCAAGACCAUAUAACACCGGUCUUGAAAGACCUACAUUGGCUCCCAGUAUGUUUCCAAGCACAAUUCAAAGUGUUGGUGCUGACCUUUAAAGCCCUAAACGGCCUCAGUCCAGUAUACCUGAAGGAGCGUCUCCACCCCCAUCGUUCUGCCCGGACGCUGAGGUCCAGCGCCGAGGGCCUUCUGGCGGUUCCCUCAUUGCGAAAAGCAAAGCUACAGGGAACCAGGCAGAGGGCCUUCUUGGUAGUGGCGCCUGCCCUGUGGAACGCCCUCCCACGAGAUGUCAAAGCGAUAAACAACUACCUGACAUUCAGAAGACAUCUUAAGGCAGCCCUGUUCAGGGAAGUUUUUAAUGUGUGAUAUUUUAGUGUAUUUUUGGUUUCUAUGGAAGCUGCCCAGAGUGGCUGGGGAGGCCCAGCCAGAUGGGCGGGGUAUAAAUAAAUUAUUAUUAUUAUUAUUAUUAUUAUUAUUAUUAUUAUUAUUAUUUUAUCUAAUAAAAUAUUUUUUUGGGGGCCAAACAAGAAUUGGGAGACUCCAUUGUAUUUAAUUAGAAAGUAAUUUGCAAUACUUAAAAGUGUGAAAACAGGCAGUCUUUACUUGUGGUGUAAAUCUGCCAUAUGGUGUUCUCUUUUUUUCAGUUGGAUCUACAGUGGGUUCAAGUCCUAAGUGAAGGUUGGGCCAGCCCAUUGAAAGGGUUUAUGCGGGAGAAAGAAUACUUGCAAGUUAUCCAUUUUGGCACCUUGCUUGAUGGUAUGAUUUGCCCGUUCCUACACUUUGUCUUUAGAGCUUUUGCCUGCCUAUAUGCACACUGCGGGAAAUUCAGCAGAGGUGACUAGAGCAUAGCUUUUGAAUGAAACAGUUUACAUUACUGCUGUUUUGGGAGAUGUGAAAAAACCUGCUGAUCACACUCAGGUGCAUCCAUGCCAGAUUCUGGGCGUGUCCAGUUGAACUAGACCUAGCCUCACUCCCAAGGGCCACAGAAAAUGCACAAAGCCUAAGCCUUUGUUUUGGGGGAACAUUUCAGGCAGUCUUACAAGCUUUCCUCUUUAUUUCCCAAGUCUUUAAAUGCUAUUUGUGAUGUAAUGGAAUAGAGUGUUGGUCUAGGAAGUCUUGGGUUCAAACUCCCACAUGCAUGAAUCUCACUCAGUUAUCUUGGAUCACUUACUGGGCAUAAUGCAACAAAAGUUAGUUGUAACUAAAUUCCCCUGAAACCUAGAGCUGAAAGUCGUUUAAGGGAUGCUUUACUUCCCAUGGGGUAUGCACACAUUUCUUAUGUCCCACCAUUGCCCCCUGCAAAUCGGAUUUUGUUUUGUUUUUUUUGAAAGAAUACACAACCUGGAAAUCUUAGGAAAGUGGAAUGGAGCCCUACUCACUUAAGUCCUAUUCCACUGCUUGCCAUAAUAUUUAUUUGCAAAGAACCUGUGUGAGAUAACACAUGCAAUCUUUUAAGUUGUUGUUAUUAACAUAAAAUAGGAAAACCUCAGAGCCCUUACCAUGUGCAACUAGUGGCCCCAAAUAAAAACCUACAUUCUCACCUGCAUAAAAGGACAGAUUCAGUCAGUGGGUUCCAGCAUCAUAAUACAGAACAGGAUGCACAACUGCACCUGCGUUAGCUGCAGCCUUGAGAACCUUUUUCUCUCUUCCUGCAUUGGUCUGAAUGAAGCAAGAGGAUGUUGAGGGUUAGAACAUCAAAUUGAAGUUGUUUGACUGGGGGUGGGGGGUGGGCCAGUUAAAAUAUGGUUGAUAAUUGUGCUUAUAUUUUGCCAGGAAGGGGUAGAGUUGAUAUAUCCGAGCUUGGUACGUAUUCAGUUGUUUUCUUCUCCCACUAUGGUAUGAAAAUAAUUACAGUUAUGAGAUUUUCAUUUAAAAAGUUAGAAAAUGUAUGUUAUGGAAAUAAAAUUUUGAUGUAGAGGUCUGCAAUCCGUUAUGAGUAUAUUCGUGAUCCAACCAGUUACCAGUACAAGGUUCCUCAAGCAUUUUUAUUGGCUGGGAAAGGAUAUGUCUUAAUUGGCUUUGAGCCCUCACUGGCAAAGCUCUUAUUAAUUUCCAUGGAUCAGGCUUGCACUCAGUUCUUUUGUUUAAGGCGAUUCCUCACUGAAUAUUAGCCAUGUGCAACUUGUCAGCCACUGACCCACAUGCAGCUCUCCAGUUCUCCAGUCCCAUACGCUGAAUAUUUGACGAUAAGGCCAUUGGCGGAAUCCGCAGUUUUAUCUCUAAAAUCUAUAUAUUUCCAAAGAGCUUUUGAUAAGACUUAAAUAAAAAUGCAUCUGGUUGAAUUGCACUAUGAACAUAUUAAAAGUUCCUGAUUAUGCAUGGAUUAAAUAUGGGUGACCUAUAGACUUGGUAAGUAUCAAAUUUAAAAUAAGGUCAGCAGAAUCUGCACAGUGGCUUGGAUUCAAAGGUUCCCCCUCCGUGAGCAGAAAACCUCUUUUGAUCAUGGAAGGGCUGUGGAAGAGCGUUGCACAAGAACAGUUCUUCUGUUUCCGCAAUACCAUUUGCUAUUAUUGCUCUGGAUUCCACACAUUAACUGGUUUUACUUUACAUCCCUGACAUAUGUGCAAAGCAAGCCCUCGCAGCUGGAAUGCAGAAAAGCACCUACAGCAGCCACUUGCCAACACAGCUAUUUAAAAUCCCCAAGCACCAAGAGCCAAGCAAGCCUGGCUUUCCUAAUGUUUGUUAAGUGGCUAUUGCAAGCACUUUUCAAUGGGGACAUGUUUGCUCUCCAGCCAUGACGCCAUACUUUCCAGGGGUGAAUGGCAUGUGUCCAAUGUAGUUGCACAAUUUAUUUGGAUGCUGCAGUGUAGUCCAAGAUACUUUAUUGGAUUAGACCUUCACUUUGUACCCCAGCCAUUAAGGCUUGCUUUGCCCCAAUGUAAAGGAUUUAAAUAAAGUCUUCAAAGAACAGUGCUAAUGACUGUACUUGCUUUUUGCUAGUGCGUCUUUGGAUCCAACCCAUAACCAAGAUGAUCAGAUGGAUAAUCUCAAAGAUAGUUAGGGUAGUGCAAAUAAUCACCAAAUCCAUUAAAAUUUGACUUUGAAAUUGUAAUGAAAAUCACAUGCAUUCAAUGGUUAAAACUGCCAUGAUACUUCAUUUCAAAUUUGUCAUUGAUUAUAUUUUUUAUGAACUGAAACCUUCAAAAAAAAGUUUUAAUAUGUUUGCGAGCUUUAAAACAACCACCAGCUAAAAAUAAUUGGGUAAGUUUACUAGAGGGUAUAGUUUUUACAAAGUAAAUGUUGUGUUUGAACAACAAAACAAAACUGAUUGUAAAUAUCCUGGCAUAGGAACACUGGAUGCACAACAAAACAGAAAGGCAAAGUGAUAUUUUGAUGCUAAGAAGUGGCAUAAACUCAACGUGUGAUAGCCAACAUUAGUCACAGUCUGAGUGGACUUAUUGAAAUAAAUGAAUUUACAUAACUCUGAGUAGGUCUGAUGUUGGGUAUUACCCAGUAUUGCACAUACUGGAAUGAGCAAGAGCAUGAUUGACAGGGUUUUUUAGUGUGUGUGUUUGGGGGGGUGGAUACGCAUUUUGAAAAUGUGCAUUUGGAAAAAUAAUGUGUAUUUGGAAAUAUAAUGUGCAUUUGGAAAUAUAAUGUGCAUUUGGAAAAAUUGGUGUGAGGGACGAGACAUGUUAGGUACCGUAUUAUUGCCCUAUAGGACGCACUUUUUCCCCUCCAAAAAUGAAGGGGAAAUGUGUGUGCGUCCUAUGGGGCGAAUGCAGGCUUUCGCUGAAGCCUGGAGAGCGAGAGGGGUCAGUGCGCACCGACCCCUCUCGCUCUCCAGGCUUCGCGCAGCUCUCCGCAAGCUGUGGGAGCCCGGCGCUGGGCUCCCACGGCUUGCGGAGAGCUGCCUGUUCUGGGGGCUGGGGGAAGCUCCGCGCCUGGGGGGGAAAUAAUUUUUUCCCCCUUUAUUUCCCCCCCAAAAAACUAGGUUCAUCCUAUGGGCUGGUGUGUCCUAUAGGGCGAAAAAUACGGUAUAUUUGUUUAUUAAGCACUUUACUGUGUUGAAGGCAAUAUGAACACUAUCAUGUAAGGAAAGAAUGCACUGAGUUUCCAUAUUACCGUGUUAAAAGACUUUUUUCUUUGAGGCCAGAACCUCCUUUGCUGCACCUUCAUCUUUGGGAAGAUAAUGCUUCUUUGCAUCCUUGUAAAUACUCUCAAAGUACUCCUGUUUUGUGCCUUAGGCCUGUCUCGCACCCUGUGUUCCUUCUUCAGUCUAUGCAAAAACAGCUGGUGUUUUGAUGUUCUAUUAUAUAUUUUGAUGUUAUAGUGAUGUUAUAUUGUAAUGGAUGUAUAGCUAGAAGUGUUUUGUUUCCACAAAUAGUUGGGUCCUGCUUUUCGUUUUGAGUCCAGUGUUUGCACUUACCAGCCUUUUGGUGCUGGCACGAUGGGUUUUGGUAGCAAAUAUAUGGGUGAGGAUUGAGGAAGGGUUAUUGCAAAUUGAUGACCCUACAAAGAAUUUGACCUUGCCCUUCAAAUCCAUGGAGUACACACUCUCAGCACAAAAUGGCCCAAUUUUUCAUUAAUGAAAACAUAUUUCACAUGUAUGGAUACAUAUCUUGGAGGAGUGCUACACUCACCAUUUUCCUUCCCCCAUUGCAUGAAAGACAAAUAUCUAACUUCAGCUGGGUAUGACAGGCAGAGGAGAUCCAGUCAGUGAACUACCGUAAUCCAGAGAACUCCCUAAUAAUUUAUUAAUCCCUUUUGGUUUUGCUCACUAAACUCCUCUUUUUCCUAGUCAGGCAUUUCAGUUGACCAGACCAAAUAUAAGCCUGGACUGAGUCUGAGGCAGACCUAAAAACACUUUGAAAAAGCUUUGUUGGUUGGCAGCUUAAUUCUGCAGACAAAAUACAGCUGUGGCAGAAGAAAUUGAGCAGGCCACUCUGCUGAUUUGAGAGCGCACUGAACUGAACUGAACUGUCAGUCUUGCUAUGGCUGUGCUGUGACUCCACUGAGUCACCUACUUGAAGGAGCAAUUUGUGCAGAGUUUAUGGCUAUAUAUGUCAUUUGAUCAGUGUAGCAAUCAUAUGUCCUCUUUUUCCAGGACACUUGCUCUUUUUCAUGGGUAGAGUCAUCCUAGAGAUCCACAAUUAAAAGUAGAAGUUGGCCAAUGUCUCCUCUUUUUUUGCUCUUCAAAAUAUGGCAUCCCUACAAAUUUAUAGAUAAAUUUUGCUGCAAAAUCAAAGAAAACAAACCUUAGUUUAAAAAAAAAGAGAGCAGCUACUGGUGAAGAGCAAAGGUCUGAAGGUCACUCAUAUAAAAUGCUAACGAUUAUAUGAGUCUUGGAAGCAAUCAGCAAACAAACCAGUAAUCAUUACAAGACAUCAUAUCGUUCUGAACUCUGGUUCUGAACUAAGGGAUCCAGGAGUUGCACAGCCACUCCUAAGUGUUCCUGUGUGUUUUUCCCCAUUCGCUCCAAUAAGAGGGCACAGUACUGUGUGCAUAAAGGGAUGUUGACACAGAGCUCCUCCUAUUGAAGUGGAUGAAGAAAUCCUUACUUGCACCUGAAUGCUCAUGCCUUGUGGCAACAUGUGAGGAACAGUGUGUAUGGAUCUGUAACAUUCGAACUAAAAGCAACAACUUGAAAGUCCAAUAAGGAGGUAGAUAUUGCAUCCUCUAACAUCUUUGUUGAGGUUGAUGUUGUACCAACAAACUGUAGUGGUAUGAAAGGGUGUUUGUUUUUUACAAGGUGAAUAAACUUUUUAUUUAGUAGCUCAUUUGGUGUUCAACCUUUCAAGUCAGUUCAAGUUAAGUCCAAAGUAUGAGAUUAUGCCAUCCACGGUACCCUCUUGUGACUUCCCGUACUUUGGUGUUAUUUAACCUGGUUUUAAUCACAGAUUUAAUGUAAAAUGUUUUUUCAUUGCUCCGGUGCUUUAAUUAUUGCAAAUGGUUUUUUAUUGCAUUUUGAAGGGUUGAUUUCUUCAGUGCAAAUUGCCCUUGGCGCAGAAACACCAAAAGGUUCAUUUAUAAAACAAAUACAUUUCACCUCUAAUCUCUGUGCUAUGACUCAGAGCACCCUUCACCAUUGGGUGUGUCAACUGUGACAGCUCCUGGACAGAGACAACCUUAGCAAAGUGAUCCAUUCUCUGCUAACCUACAGAUUAGACUGCUGCAAUAUGUUAAAGGUGCAGUUGUCUUUGAAGACUGUUUGGAAACUACAAUUAGUUCAAAAUAUGGUUGUUAGACUGUGAACUGGGGCAGUUGAUUGGGAGGUGUCUUGGCAUGGAGAAAUUGGAUGGGGACAAGUUUUUUUCUCUCUUUUACAUAUCAAUUUCUGCUGGAUCUGUUUUUAAUUGCUGCUGUUUUUAUCCUGGGGGUCCCACCCUUUUCUUUUCUUUUAAAGUUUUAUGUUGUAAGCUCCCCUGGGUGUUUUGUUUUAACAUUAAUGCAUGAUAUAUAGAUUGAUUGAUUACAUAAGUAAAUCGCCAAAACCUACAAUUGGUGACAAGGACCUUCUCAUUUCAGUGCUUCCAGAUGAGCAACUUAACCAUCCUUUUCACAUAUCUGUGUGCCCCCCCCCCCCAUGUUGUUGAGCCACAGCUCUGAUCAUCAGUGGCUAUUGGCCAUGCUGGCUGGAGUUGGAGCCCAGCAACAUCUGUGAAGCCAUCCCUGAUGUACUUUUAUAUAUAUAUAUAUAUAUAUAUAUAUAUAUAUAUAUGUUAAUUGAAAUAAAAUUUCUUUCAACAGAUGGUGUUAUUAACCUGACCAUUCCAAUUGUACUACCAAUAACUGCGGAAGACAAGAAACGCCUGGAAGGAUGCAAUGCAUUUACACUGGAGUACAAUGGGCGGAGGGUGGCCAUACUGCAAAAUCCAGAAUUUUUUGAGCACAGGAAAGAAGAACGUUGCGCACGUGUUUGGGGGACCACAUGUGCAAAGCACCCGCAUGUAAAGGCAAGCGAUCACAGAAUAAGUUCCUCUAUUUCUGUGGCAGUGAAUAUGAGCAACCUGUCUACCUAUUUAGGUUGAUAGCUCUGCAUCACUUCAAUAGAAAACAUAAAUUCUGCUGCAGCAAGAACUAGGGCCUCCUCGGGAGUGGCCCCAGGACUCUUUCAAGAGAUGUAGUUGCAUACCUUCCUCCUAUGGCAAUGUAAAAGCUCACUCACUUAUCAGGGAAAACUUUGGGGUCUUAGUAGCCGCUUGCUAUGUUUUUUAAUUGCUCACAACAUUUAUAUUUUGGGGCAGGUGAGAAGGGUGAUACAGUCACAUUUGUAAUUACACUGGGCGCUUUUCAACUAAAUUAUGGUGCUAGUGCAAGGAUUUGCACUAGUGCAAUGGGUCGUCCCCCCACGUGCCACUUACAUCAUUUCCACUUGUGCUCUGGAGGAUUAGUGGAACUCCCCAGAUCAGAUUUAGGGGGUUUAGGAGAGGGUGAGAUCAUUCCGUUGCACAGUGAGAAAUGCCUGUGCUGACAGAACAAUAUGCUUAACGCUACACUGAAUACAACACAUGGUUGUUGUUGUUUACUGUAGCUAUUAAUACUGGGUUUCUAAAUGCCUUGAGCUUUUCUUUUCUUAAAAUGAAGGUUGGCAAGGUUUGAAAUAAAUACAUAUUUGUAUUAGGAGCUAAAGAUAGCAAGUUUCGUAAGAAGGAAGUAUGCAGAAGUCUCAAUGGCUAUUUUGCACCAGUCCACCUCCCACCCCCUGGCCUUUUGAAUGGCUGCUGGGGUUGCUGAAGGCUGUGCCUUCCAGCUAAGCCUGAGUCUUUGCACCUCUCACCUAAGCACUGCCUGAAAAUUGAAAAAUUGAAAGGAUGGCAGCGCAUGGGGGGUGGGGACAGAUUAGAAUGCACCAGUGAGAACAGCAUCUACCCUCCCUGGCAUGCUCAGGGCUCCAUAUGUCCCUCCUUCCAACCUAGUUCCUGGAAAAUCUUACUGAACUGAUUGCAAAAUCAAGUUUAUGAAUUAGAAGCUAGCAACAGUAGACAAUCUCUACUGUAAAUAGGCAAAGUUCCGAGAUCUAAGUAUAUGGCAAUAUGGCCAUGAUAUCAGAAUUUUCAAGCAAUGUUUUUCUAAACAUGUAGCUGGGAAAGGAGAAGCGAAAGUUGUCAUUCUCUGCUUCUAAUUAUCUUGAACUUUCUUGAACUGCCUGGAAGCCACAGUUUGCCUGCCACUCCUGCCACUUUUCUGCUUUUUAAGCAGUCAGCACCACAAAACCUCUUCGAUAAGGUCCCUCCAUCAUUUUACCAUGGAUAGCAGCUGCAACCCCACAGUUACAUUAUAAGUAUCAUUUUGCCUUAAUUAACUGUGGUGUCCUUUGAUAGAUGGUGAUGGAAAGUGGAGACUGGUUGGCUGGUGGAGACCUCCUUGUAUUAGAGAGAAUUAAGUGGAAUGAUGGGCUGGACCAAUACCGCUUGACUCCCUUGGAGCUGAGGCAGAAGUUCGCAGAAAUGAAUGCUGGUAAGUGUUUGCAUUUGCAACAAUGCUUGUACCAUGUGGCAGGGAGCAGGGCCUUCUCCCUGGUGGUUCCAACACUCUGGAACUAGAUGUCCUGCAAGUGUUAAGGAACAUAUAUAAACCACACUGAUCCAAGACAUUGUGUUGCCUGAUGCUGAGCCCAAGUGGAGUCCCCCACUAAGGUAACAUGUUUAAAAGAUUUGCACCAUCCAGACACCAAUUCCUGCCUUCAUCUACUCCCACCCUCCAGGAGUUCUGCCGAAGCAGAUGGUUUGACCCUGCUCUGUAGUCCACUGAGACUAACACAGUGGUGACUGUCCUGUCCUUCCAAAUGAUAGGACAGCAGCAUUUUCGAAGCCUCAGAAAGGCAGUAAAACAGGAGUUUUCCUGAGCGCAUAGCUGGCGUUGAGCAGCUCUGUUGGAGAGCAAUGUUUAAGAGAGGUUCUGAUUUAGGAUGCUGAAUUUUCUUAUUAGGAUGAUUGUUUCUGAUGUGCAGAUUUGCAAGUGUCUCUGUGAUGGCUUUAUUGUUCUUUUAUUAGGAUUUUUUUUGUUGUGCAAGUCAAGAGAUGUUGAAAAUGAGGCGGACCAUAAAAUGUUUAGAAAUGAAAACAAUAUGAUUCUCUCUUUCAUUGGGGGCGGGGAGAGAACGAAAAGUUAUGUUCUUUGGAUCGUGCCGUGUAGAAAAAAAAAUAGUUUCCUACUAUAGAAAGUCAAAGGCCUCCCAGGAGUGAAUGAUAUUCAAGCUAGAAUUCCAACGCUGAUGUUGGCUUUAUUAACAGGGAUGAGGAACCAGUGGCCCUACAGAAGUCACUAGACUCCAGCUUCCAUUGGCCCCAACCAGCGGUCAGGGAUGAUGGGAAUUACAGUCCAGCAACAUCCAACAUGGAAGGGCACAGGUUCCCCAUCCCUACUUUAUUACCUUGGUUUAGGGAUCUGUGUGUGUAUGUUUUAUAUUAUUAUUAAGCUUGUAAAUAUUAAAAGCUGCUGCGUUUAAUGUAGGUCCAUACCAUCUACUUUUCACUGCUUAGCAUCGUGGUGCAGUUUUGCAUGUCCUGGAUCCUCCUGCAUCUGCAUUUCCCACUUCUUAUGUUUCAGAUGCGGUGUUUGCUUUCCAGCUGCGCAACCCUGUGCACAACGGACAUGCCCUGCUGAUGCAGGAUACCAAACGGCGCCUCCUUGAGAGGGGCUAUAAGCAUCCUGUGCUGCUCUUGCACCCUCUCGGGGGAUGGACCAAGGAUGAUGAUGUGCCUCUCGAGUGGCGCAUGAAGCAGCAUGCUGCAGUGCUGGAGGAGCACGUGCUGGAUCCAAAGUCCACCAUUGUGGCCAUUUUUCCUUCUCCAAUGUUGUAUGCUGGACCAACAGAGGUAUGCAUCGUUUUGCUGUCCUCCUUUGCUUCUCCCUACAAUGGGAUUCUUUUCCUUUUAAAUUAUUUCUCUUAAGUCUUGGGAAUUCCCUGGGAAUUGUAGCUGCAGUGAUGGGGACUACAAAUCUCCAACAGAACAUGAUCAAUGCCCUCACUAAGAGAACAAUCCUGUGCAUACUUAGUUCAGUGAGGCUUAUUCUCAAGUAAAUGUGUAUAGGAUUUUCACCUAAACUAUUAUUUCCAGGAUUCUUUGGAGAUAAACAUUGCAAACUGGUGCAAAACCAUUGUAAGCUCAAAAGGGCUUACAAAUAUCAGUGAGAAGACAGUCGCAGCCCUCAAGCUCACUAUCUAAGAGAUGCAACACAAAAGAGGGGUUGGGAGGGAGCAGGCAAAAUCAAGUUCAGGCACUAAUUCUUAGUUACAGGGAUUUUGUGGUGAGCAUAUGGAGCUGGGGGGAAAUGGAGAGGGGAGUAAAAUUGCUGAUCUUCCAGCAAAGCCGAGGGAGAAGUCCUGUAGCCUGCCUUUUCUCCUCUCCUAUAGUGUGAUGGAAUGGCUGCUGAAAGUUGAGGGAGGACCAUGAAUUUGUUAUGGGUUUUCAUCCAACCUCCUUGGAAGCUUUAAAGCAGAGGUUGGAUGGCCAUCUGUCAUGGAUGCUUUAGCUGAGAUUCCUGCAUUGCAGAGAGUUGUGGACUUCCAAGUCUACCAUUCUGUGAUCCCUCAAAGUUUUUCCAGCCAAACUCAAUCCAUCCAUCCAUCCAUCCAUCCAUCCAUCCAUCCAUCAAACUCUAAUCCUGUGGCACUUCCUCAGGUCCAGUGGCACUGUCGGGCUCGGAUGAUUGCUGGAGCCAAUUUCUACAUUGUGGGCCGUGAUCCGGCCGGUAUGCCUCACCCAGAGACCAAGAAAGAUCUGUACGAACCCACACAAGGUGGGAAGGUGCUCAGCAUGGCUCCAGGACUGAACUCUGUGGAAAUCAUUCCCUUCCGAGUAGCAGCAUACAGCAUAGUACAAAAGGCAAUGGUCUUCUAUGAUCCAGACAGGUAAGUGACACGGUAAAUGACCACCUGUAGCAGAGGCUUAGUGGUUUUGUAAUGGCUUACCUAGGCCUAUGUGCCCAUGUGCAUCAGAAACGGUUCUUUUCCACAUUCUCCUCCACAUGAACUAUGAUGAGACUUCAAAUGAAAUGGCACGAGGUAUGUUGAAAGGCAAUUGAAGCCUCACAGAUGAAAAAAGUGUAUGUUGUUAAUUCAAAUUGCUCAAAACUGUGGGGAGGCUCAUUUUGCAGCAUGUAAAAAUGUUUGAAAAAUCUGUUUCUGGGUUUUGGAUUAGCCAGGAUGUUGAAAUAUAACUGCCUGUAGCUGCGUGGCAGCUCGCUCUGUCCAAAAUUCAUUUUGGAAUAUUACAAAAUCAGAGUUUGCAAAAAGACCUGCCCAGUCGAUAAGUGCCCAUAGAGAAAUAGCACGGCGAACAUUAUGUUCUGGUUCAUGGGCUUGAUUUGCUCCUGCGUGAUAUUGUGAAGCGCAAUCUUGAAAUCUGGGUUUCAGUUCUAGGAUUGUUGGAGAGGCCAUUGCAACCAUAUUCAUCUCAUUUGUAUGUUCAUUAAGAUGAACAGAAAAGUUGCAACUUCUGUGCGUUGCUGCUGGUAUUUCAUUGUUUCUACAGUCAUACCUUGGAAGUCGAACAUAAUCCAUUCCAGAAGUCUCUUCAACUUCCAGAACAUUCAGAAACCAAAGCACGACUUCUGAUUGGCUGCAGGAAGCUCCUGCAGCCCAUGGGAAGCCGUGGAAGCCCCGUCGGUUGGGCUUCCAAAAAUAGUUCGCAAAUCGGAACACUCAUUUCCGGGGUUGUGGCGUUUGGGAGCCAAGAUGUUCGAGAACUAAGCUGUUCGAAAACCAAGGUACAACUGUAUUUGUAAUGUCUUCGUGGAUAACUUUUUUUGCUUACUAGGCACAAUGAAUUUGACUUCAUUUCUGGCACACGCAUGAGGAAGCUGGCUCGUGAAGGCGAAAACCCCCCUGAAGGAUUCAUGGCGCCAAAAGCUUGGAAAGUGUUAACUGAGUACUACAUGUCACUGGGGAAAAAAUAA